CAGACAGAGUCGCAGAGCAUGAGGAGGAGGACGAGUUGGGUGAGGAGGAGGGCGAAGAAGAGCGGGAUUGUUGAGGAGGAGGAGGAGGAUCAGAAGAGCACGAGAGCAUCACACCUUUAGUAGUAGUCACGGUUGCCGUUCCUGCAGCGAUGGCCGACGAAGUGAAGGCGCUGUGGGGACAGUACCUGAGGAACUUGCAGCGUCAUCCGUUGCGCACCAAAGCCAUUACAGCUGGAGUGUUGGCAGGAAGUGCUGACAUGGUUGCUCAGAAGCUGGCCGGAGCGAGAAACUUACAGUUCAAGCGUGCUUUUCUUCUCAUGCUCUACGGUUUCUGUUAUUCGGGUCCGUUUGGACAUUAUUUCCACAAGUUUAUGGAGAAACUCAUUCCUUCAGCUCGCGACAGCAAGACGAUAGUCAGCAAGGUGAUUGUGGAGCAGUUGACAUCUGGCCCGUGGAAUAAUUUUAUUUUUAUUACAUACCUUGGAUUAGUUGUUGAAGGGCGACCAUGGAAGUCAGUGAAGAUUCAACUUAAAUCGAAUUUCCCAUCAGUGCAGCUAAAUGCCUGGAGGUUCUGGCCCAUAGUGAGCUUGAUCAAUUAUAAGUACCUCCCCAUUCAGCUACGUGUUCUUUUUCAAAACUUGGCAGCUGUGUGCUGGGGCAUCUUCUUGAUACUUCGUUCGAAGGCAUCGGUACCUAAACUUGCCACCGCAUAGGGAACUGCAAAGGCUAGGGAAAAUCCGGUUUUACAACAAACCCUUGCUGACAUUUGGGAUUUGGAGGAUUCUUGGUCUCAAUUUAUUGCUCUAGGAUGCUGCGAAUUGCGGGUGCAGUGCAAACCAGAGGCGCAUCUUGCAGGGUUUCAAAUUGAUGAUGUUGGCAGCGAUCUCGUUCUCUACAAGUGGUUUAGGUUCCUGCAUUUAACUGGGCUCCAGAUUAUUUGCUGUGGAGGUUUUCUAUGAGGUUAGAAGGUAACACCUACAUUAUAUGUAAAAUAUUUGACUUGGUAUAUGAUAGUUGCUUCUCUACACCCUUUGUUCAUGGCAAUAUUCCAUGGCAAAGCAGAGAGCUUUUAAGACCUCUGGCGAUUUGAAAUAAAUUCAAAUAUGCACGUUUCAUUGAAGACACUCGAAAUAUCAUCCAAUCUUUAGUUAA